AUGAUUCAGGUUAUGCGUAUGGAUUGUGUUUACAUUUCCUUUCCUUCAAUAGAAAGCACAUCAACAUCAGGGACAACCACCACAGCCAGUUCUACUGCCAGCUCCACAACUGGUGAGUUGACUCCAUUUUCAUUAAAGAACAAACCUCCACAACAGUCUCAGCAACAACUCCUGGCUCAACCACUGGCUCCACAACUGGUGAGUACCGAUGAUGUCUGUAAGAAUUGCAAAGCCUUAGAUACCAGUGAAGUGAUGGAAUCUUCACCUCCUGUUUGUGCUGUUGAAUCUUUCUCUUUGGUCAUGAUUCAGUUUAUGUGUCGAGAUUGUGAUUACAUUUCCUUUUCUUCAAUAGAAACCACAUCAACAUCAGGGACGACCACCACAGCCAGUUCUACUGCCAGCUCCACAACUGAAGAAUCAGCUACAACAACAGGGACAGGUACCACAGCUGAGACGACUGCCAUUUCCAAAGCUGUAAGAACAUCAACAAGAACAACAACAGCGCCUACAACUACACCUGGCUCCACCAGUACCUCAACAACAGAAGAAACCACUUCAGCAACAGAGUCCGCCACUACAGCACCGUCUACCUCCAGUUCCAUAACUGAACAAACCUCCACAACAGUCUCAGCAACAACUCCUGGCGCAACCACUGGCUCCACGACUGAAACCACAUCAACAUCAGGGACGACCACCACAGCCAGUUCUACUGCCAGCUCCACAACUGAAGAAUCAGCUACAACAACAGGGACAGGUACCACAGCUGAGACGACUGCCAUUUCCACAGCUGUAAGAACAUCAACAAGAACAACAACAGCGCCUACAACUACACCUGGCUCCACCAGUACCUCAACAACAGAAGAAACCACUUCAACAACAGUAUCCGCCACUACAGCACCGUCUACUUCCAGUUCCAUAACUGAACAAACCUCCACAACAGUCUCAGCAACAACUCCUGGCGCAACCACUGGCUCCACGACUGAAACCACAUCAACAUCAGGGACGACCACCACAGCCAGUUCUACUGCCAGCUCCGCAACUGAAGAAUCAGCUACAACAACAGGGACAGGUACCACAGCUGAGACGACUGCCAUUUCCACAGCUGUAAGAACAUCAACAAGAACAACAACAGCGCCUACAACUACACCUGGCUCCACCAGUACCUCAACAACAGAAGAAACCACUUCAACAACAGUAUCCGCCACUACAGCACCGUCUACUUCCAGUUCCAUAACUGAACAAACUUCCACAACAGUCUCAGCAACAACUCCUGGCUCAACCACUGGCUCCACAACUGAAACCACAUCAACAUCAGGGACGACCACCACAGCCAGUUCUACUGCCAGCUCCACAACUGAACAAACCUCCACAACAGUCUCAGCAACAACUCCUGGCUCAACCACUGGCUCCACAACUGAAAGCACAUCAACAUCAGGGACAACCACCACAGCCAGUUCUACUGCCAGCUCCACAACUGGUGAGUUGACUCCAUUUUCAUUAAAGAACAAACCUCCACAACAGUCUCAGCAACAACUCCUGGCUCAACCACUGGCUCCACAACUGGUGAGUACCGACGAUGUCUGUAAGAAUUGCAAGGCCUUAGAUACCAGUGAAGUGAUGGAAUCUUCACCUCCUGUUUGUGCUGUUGAAUCUUUCUCAUUGGUCAUGAUUCAGUUUAUGUGUCGAGAUUGUGAUUACAUUUCCUUUUCUUCAAUAGAAACCACAUCAACAUCAGGGACGACCACCACAGCCAGUUCUACUGCCAGCUCCACAACUGAAGAAUCAGCUACAACAACAGGGACAGGUACCACAGCUGAGACGACUGCCAUUUCCACAGCUGUAAGAACAUCAACAAGAACAACAACAGCGCCUACAACUACACCUGGCUCCACCAGUACCUCAACAACAGAAGAAACCACUUCAACAACAGUAUCCGCCACUACAGCACCGUCUACUUCCAGUUCCAUAACUGAACAAACUUCCACAACAGUCUCAGCAACAACUCCUGGCUCAACCACUGGCUCCACAACUGAAACCACAUCACCAUCAGGGACGACCACAACAGCCAGUUCUACUGCCAGCUCCACAACUGGUGAGUUUAGUCCUUUUUCAUUUAACAACAAACCUCCACAACAGUCUCAGCAACAACUCCUGGCUCAACCACUGGCUCCACAACUGGUGAGUACCGAUGAUGUCUGUAAGAAUUGCAAGGCCUUAGAUACCAGUGAAUUGAUGGAAUCUUCACCUCCUGUUCGGUAA